GUCACGCACACCUGUAAUCUACAGACGUCAUACGUCAUGUGCGGUAAGCUUGUAUACACACCUGUUCAGUAGCAGUAAGACGAUGGACAGUUAAUGCGUGAUACCACAGGAAAUAAACACGGGUGUGAGCUUCGAAUGUCAAGGUGCCAUGGGGUCAUGGACGCUGUUUUGGAUUCUGUUUACCACAGUCACUCUGAUGCCUCUGUGUCUUCAUGGAGCAAUAUCAGUUCACUUUCUGACCAGACGACCUAUCUACGUUGCACUGGGCCAAACAAUUGUUUUGGAAGCCGCAUUCGAGAAGGACCCAGAUGACAAAAUAGACAUGGUGACAUGGGACCGCGAGAGAGGGAGGGACAACGUCAGACUGUCACCUGGAAACAAAAUAUCUUUGGAGAAAAGAGAUGCACUUCUGCGGGUCAGUGGUGUUGCAGAAGAGGACUUUGGAACCUACAAGGUCACUGUUACAGACAGCAAUGGAUACCAGCAGCACGACUCCAUAGAAGUGCGAAAGAUAGUGGAACCUCUAAAGGCGUCAGUUACACGUGUGCUGGAGUGUAUUGUUGAUAAUCAUGGCAUGACGCAAUGGGACAGCCCUCAAUAUUCAUGGCUGGUUGAUGGCGUUACAGUAACCAAUCAAACCGCCCUGUUAGCAAAUGGAAGCAGACUGGAUAUCUCUGAGAUUAAGGGCGUUAAUUACACCUGCAUCGUCAAGAGCAGCCUCGGGACAGUGACUACGCACUUUCAAAUGCCAAAAGAAUCUCAGGCCUGUUGUGCAGGACUGAUUGCAGCUGGAGUUGUAACAGUGAUGGCACUCGUGGCAGGGUUAUUUUACCUAAAGAGAUGCAAAAAUGAAAGAGAUGCAAAAAAAAGCAAUCCAUCAGAACCGCUCAAUCCUUCCACAUAGUUUUUUUUUAUUUUUAUUUUAAUUUUUUUUUUUAAAUUUUAUUGUUAUUUAUUUACAUUUUAAAAUACAUGUAAACUUUUUACUUUGGUGUUGUUUUGGUUAUUUAUUUUACUCAUACUACAUCACUUUCAUUAUAUCAUUUGCUUUUUUUCCCACCUUUUAACGAUUAGAAAUGAAAAAUGUCAUACAGGCUGAGAUUGCAGUUUGUUUACUUUAACUCUACUUGAAAAAUGGUCAUACUGCAGAUCUGAUUAAAUUCAUGUUUUAUGUAAAAAAAAAAAAAAAAAAGUGCUUGUGUUCUUUGUAAAGAAUGACCCAUUCUGUUAAAUUGACUAAACUUUAAAAAUGUGAGUUGUUUAAAUGCUUACUAUAGAUCUGACAGAUAUAAGCUGAUUUGUUUACAAAAAUUUAAUAUCAUUGUUAUUUAAUUGCUCUCUACCUCAUUUGUUCUUAUUAAUCUGCUGUUUGAGUUUCUUGUUUAUUGCAUUUGGAUUCAAGUUUGUUCAAAAAAUAAAAGUGUCCAAAUUGA